AGACUGUACGUCGGUUCACCGGACAGAAUAUCACCACCAAUGCGGUUGUGCCACGUGACUAAGAUUCGGUAAAGCACCGUUUAGAAGUUCCGGGAAAAGAAAAAGGGUGACAGCUUCAGUCAAUGGAAACGAACAUUCCCCUUUUGGGAGUCCACAGUCUUCCAAUGGCGCCAUUCCAGUUUUCUCCAUUUCUUAACAAACCCAUUUUUCGGCUUCAGCUUUCAGAUUCAACUCUUGAGCGAAGUUGCUGACUGCCAAACCAUUGAACGCAUUGUUCUUAAUCUUCUCUUGUUUACGACUUUUGAAGCUCCCGAUUCAGAAGGAGAGCUGGUAGAGUCCGGAAUUUGACGGAGGCAGAGAUGUUUGGGAGUCCAGGAAGAAUGAGCGGCUUUGCACUGAGAUGUGCGCAAUGGCUUUUCGCUGCUGCAUCGAUUGGGGUUAUGGUUACUGCUCCUGGCUUCUUCAACUCCACUGCCUUCUGUUACCUAAUUGCUUCCAUGGGGCUUCAAAUUCUUUGGAGCUUUGGAUUAGCAUGCCUUGAUUUGCAUGCUUUGCAUAUGAAGAAAAGCCUGCGGAAUUCAGUUUUAUUGUGUCUAUUUGCUAUUGGAGAUUGGGUUGUAGCUACGCUUUCGCUCGCGGCUGCAUCCUCAUCCGCUGGGGUGGCCAUUUUGUAUUCAAGGGACUUGAACUACUGCAGAUCACCACUUCGUAUUUCAUGUAGCAAGAUUGAAAUAUCUGUGGCUUUUGCUUUUGUCUCAUGGUUCUUACUUGCUAUAUCUUCGCUAGUAACAUUUUGGCUCUUGGGCACUGUAUAAUAACAUGACUUGGCCUUCUUUUUCUUGAAGGCUUUCCCUCCCUAAACGUAAAUGAGUGUAGGAAUCUCUACCGUUUUUGA